CCCUCCCUGCACACAGGCCGGUGAGCGUGCCAGCGUGAGAUGGCGUGGAGGAGCCCUCUCUCUCGUCUCUCACAUCGCUUUCCUCGCCAUGUGAAGCAGGAUCUGUGCCAGACGUUUGCCUCCAGAGUCGCUUUGGUGAUGGUCUUUCCAGAGGACCUGAUAGGCGAGUGGAUGUGCUAGGAACUAUGGUGACGUCAGGGUGGGGGACAUGGGCCCUGUCUCCUUGGGGCCUCGUUCUGGUCGUGUGUGUGCUUGUGUGUGUGUCCCAGCAACCCCCUAUCACGCCUGCAGACUGUAACCGAAAGGAGCAUCCGGUUGUAUCCAACCAAGCCCUGAAGACAUGGAUGAAGGAGUUCUCCCACCCAGGAGUGAAGGAUUUCUCGCAGCUGGCCCUGGACCUUAGCAGGAAGCAGCUUAUUGUGGGAGCAAGAAACUUCCUCUUCAGGCUAAGUGUGAACAAUGCCUCCCUAAUACAGACGUCAGAAUGGACACCCGAUGAAGACACAAUCCAUUCUUGCCAGAGCAAGGGCAAAUCAGAGGAGGAGUGUCAAAACUACAUCAGGGUUUUAUUGAUCAGUGGCAAAACACUCAUCACAUGCGGAACCAAUGCUUUCACACCCGUCUGUGUGACCAGGGAGAUUGGUAACAUAAGUCAGGUGUUGGACACAGUGAAUGGUGUCGCACGAUGUCCCUAUGACCCUCGCCACAACUCUACGACUAUGGUAACGGAGAAGGGUGAGUUGUAUGCCGCCACGGUUAUUGACUUCUCUGGACGCGACCCUGUCAUCUACAGGAGCCUGGGGAACAUGCCCCCAUUGCGCUCGGCCCAGUACAACUCCAAAUGGCUCAACGAGCCUCAGUUUGUGUCUGCUUAUGAGACCGGUCGAUUCGCCUACUUCUUCUUGAGGGAAACAGCUGUUGAAAACGACUGUGGAAAGAUGGUGUUCUCUCGAGUGGCCCGGGUGUGCAAAAACGACAUGGGUGGUCGUUUCCUUUUGGAGGACACCUGGACCACCUUUAUGAAGGCUCGACUGAACUGCUCCCGCUCAGGAGAAAUUCCCUUUUAUUACAACGAACUGCAGAGCACCUUCUACUUACCAGAGCAAGAGCUGAUCUAUGGCAUCUUCACCUCUAAUGUGAACAGCAUGUCAGCCUCUGCUGUUUGUGCUUUCAACCUGACUGCCAUCACUCAGGCCUUCAAUGGACCUUUCCGCUACCAGGAGAACCCCCGCACAGCCUGGCUCUCCACUCCAAAUCCCAUACCCAAUUUUCAGUGCGGCACACUGGAUGAAGGCGGCGCUGGUGGGAACCUGACGGAACGCAACCUCCAGGAUGCUCAGCGGCUCUUCUUGAUGCACGAUGUGGUGCAGCCGUUGACGGUGAAUCCUCUUCUCACCCAGGACAACAUGCGCUUCUCCAAGCUGGUGGUGGACGUUGUGCAGGGUCGCGAUGCUCUGUACCAUGUAAUGUACAUCGGCACUGAAUAUGGCACCAUCUUGAAGAUUCUCUCCACAACUAAUAAAAAUCUUCACGGCUGCUACCUGGAGGAGCUCAGGAUUCUUCCUGAUGGGCAAACUGGUUCAAUCAAGAGCAUAAAGAUUCUUCACAGUGACAGAUCUUUGUUUGUGGGGCUCGAUGACAAACUGCUGAAGAUCCCAUUAGAGCGAUGCUCCAGCCAUCCAACUAAACGACGCUGUUUGGAAGCUCGGGACCCUUACUGUGGCUGGGAUCACAAACAGGAGCGUUGCACAACCAUUGAAGAGAGCACCAACAUAAACCAGUGGACCCAGAACAUCACCCAGUGCCCCGUAAGGAACCUGACACAAGAUGGUGGGUUUGGCCCGUGGGCACCAUGGCAACCCUGCAACCACAAUGACGGCGAGGAUUCCAUCAGCAGCUGCAUUUGCCGGUCCCGUUCGUGUGAUGGACCAGUAGCCCAGUGUGGCGGCGUCGACUGCAAGGGCCCGACCAUUCAGGUGGCCAACUGCUCCAGGAAUGGCGGCUGGACUCCCUGGUCUUCAUGGGGGCAUUGCAGCAGCAGUUGUGGUGUCGGUUUUGAAGUGAGACAGCGGUCCUGCAAUAAUCCCUCGCCUCGUCAUGGGGGUCGAAUCUGUGUUGGCCAAGGUCGGGAAGAGAGACUGUGCAAUGAGAAAAAAAAAUGCCCGUUGCCAGUGUUGUGGACUGCGUGGGGGCCCUGGGCUCACUGCAGUGCUGAAUGUGGAGGAGGGGUUCACGCCAGGACCAGAACCUGUAAGAAUGGAAACACCUGCCAAGGAUGUUCCAUGGAGUAUAAGACCUGUAACCUAGAGUCCUGCCCUGAGGUACGCCGCAACACCCCCUGGACCCCCUGGAUUCCAGUCAACGUCAGUCGAGAUGGAUCACGCCAUGAGCAGAGAUACAGAUACACGUGCAGGGCGUUGCUAACAGACCUCCAGCUCCUUCAGUUGGGCAAGAAGAAGAUAGAGACGAGGUUUUGUCCAAAUGAUGGUUCUGGAGCCUGCCAGACUGACUCUCUCGUUGAUGAUUUGGUCAAGUCCAGUGGUCGAACUGUGUCACAGCCCCAAGAUGCACACUGGGAAUCUUGGGAAACCUGGUCCAGCUGUUCCCAGCGAUGUUCUAGAGGCUUUCGAACCCGGCGACGUGGUUGCUCAACGGGAGAGCGCAGGACCAAUCCAAGUGCCUGUGUAGGAACCCCAGUGGAAUAUCAAGAUUGCAACUUGCAACCAUGCUCAGUGGGAGGCGCCUGGUCAUGCUGGUCAUCCUGGUCCCAGUGCUCUGUGAGUUGCGGCGGAGGCCACUUUCAGCGGACAAGGUCAUGUGACAACCCGUCCCCGGCCAAUGGAGGGGACAUCUGUAUUGGUCUACACACUGAAGAGGCACUUUGUAAUACACACACUUGUGAAGGCUGGGGUGUGUGGUCCGGGUGGGGGCACUGCAAUGAGGAGGGUCUGCAGCACCGCUCCCGUCACUGCGGCGAGAACCAGGAGGCUAAUUUGUGCCCCGGUAACGUUAGCCAGGCCAGACCGUGCCAAGUGCACGAGGUUGAAGUCAUUCUACCUGGACAGGAGGACCACAGCUGUGGAACUUUCACCUUACUCCAGUUGGCCGCUGUGGGUAUUGCCAGUUUUUUCGCCGCCGCCCUCUUGUCGGCACUGGCCUUCGCCUACUGUCACCAUCUGAGUCGGCCCUCCGUGGAAUCAGCAGUCAUCCACCCCACCAGCACGCACAACCAGCUCAACUACAGCAAGCGGGGCAAUGCCGUGCCAAAGAAUGAGAAGUACAUUCCUAUGGAGGUUGUGAGGCUACACAAGAACAAUCUUCACGUGAACGACGAUGCAAGCAACCACUUUCCUUCCUCCGUGGCUUCCAGCAACAUGUUUGCCACCACCUAUUUCCCCCCCAACCUGGGCAAGUACGACUUUCCCCCCGAAGCACCGUGCAGGGCGUACAUGCACAGCUAACAUCAAUGAGCACCCCGGUGCUCAUGGACAUGAAAUGACCCAAAUCACCUUGAAUGAUUUUGCAACAUUUACCUACAUCUUAACAGACAUUGCAUUCGUUUUGUGUAAACCUUUUCAUUUCCUAAAAAAAAGAAGAUAAAUGUGUGCUGCACUUUAGAAGAUGGGAUUUAUUGACUUGCGCACGGCCAGUGAAGAUGGCUCCUAGACUAAAGAUGCGUAUCUACCAAUUAAUAAUAACACAUGAAGCGAAGAACUCACUCGGCCUCAUGAUGUUUGGCACUUUGUGUAAAAUCAUGCAAAACUGGCUCAAGAUCAGUUUUUCAGUCAAGCGGAUGCUUCGUCCCGUUUGACGUGUUCUAUUCUCUGUGCAAUUCCCUCGUCUUUGCUGUUGAUGUUUCCCGGAGAACACUACGUGAUUUGGAAUUAUCGGUGCAGAGAGAUGAAUUGUUACAUUUUUUCAAUAUUUUUUAACAUUUUAAUGUUUUUUUUUUCAUCUUCAAUAUAUUUUUCUAUAAUGUACUAUAUAAAAAAAACAACUGGGUGAGUGGUUAGCGCUGCUUCCGCACAUCAUGAAGAGUCCAGCUUCAAAUCAGUUUGCACCUUCUCGAGUCCAAAAAUGUGUACUAGUUUGAUCGCUUCAUCGAAGGCUUGAGCUUGUCUGUGGGUGUUCGUGUCUCAGGCUACGUUCCCACUGCAGGGCACGACGCCCAAUUUGGAUUUCUUGUUUAAA